CGGAGGGCAGCUCCCGCCCGGCGCGGCUCGGCCCCCGCCGGCCCAGGCAGAGCCGCGGCAGCUCCCCGCAGGGUCGGGAUGGGGCUGGAGCUGUACCUGGACCUGCUCUCGCAGCCCUGCCGCUCCAUCUACAUCUUCGCCCGGAGCAACAACAUCCCCUUCGAGUUCAAGCACGUGGAGCUGUUCAAAGGCUCGGUGCUGGGGAAGAAGCCGGCGGCGGGGAGCGGAGCGGAGCAGCCCCGGGCAGGGCCAUCAAACAGUGAAGGUGCAAGCAAAGUCAGCCUCUUGAAGAAAGUACCAGCACUGAAGGAUGGAGACUUCACCCUUGCAGAAUGCACUGCCAUCCUGCUGUACCUGAGCCGCAAGUACAACACUCCUGACCACUGGUACCCCUCAGACAUCCAGCAGCGGGCCCGUGUGGAUGAGUACCUGUCCUGGCACCACGCCAACAUCCGGGCCAACGCUCCCAAGACCAUGUGGAUCAAGGUGUUGAUUCCCCUCUUCACAGGGCAGCCACUGCCCUCGGAGAAGCUCCAGGAGGUUAUGGAGGGGCUGUCCACUUCCCUGAAGCAAUUUGAGGAGAGGUUUCUGCAGGACAAGGCUUUUAUCAUUGGGAGUGAGAUCUCCCUGGCAGAUCUUGUGGCCAUUGUGGAACUGAUGCAACCUGUUGGAGUUGGUUGUGACAUCUUUGAAGACAGACCCAGGCUGAGGGAGUGGCGCAGGCGGGUGGAGGAUGCUGUGGGGAAAGAGCUUUUUUUCCAAGCCCAUGAGAUGAUCCUCAAUAUCAAAGAACUGAGCAAUAUUCAAAUUGAUCCACAGCUGAAAGAGCAACUGGCACCUGUGUUGAUGAAGAUGUUGAAAUGAAUUAACCUAUCUUAGCAUUUUUCCUGCCUUUUUUUUCUUUUUAACUUCUCUGACAUCCAGUUCUCCAUGUAACUGGAAAGAGCACUGUAAUUCUAACACAGAAAUUGCAGAGUGGCCCAGGUCUUUCUUGUAUCUUUGGGGGUGGAAGCUGGGGAAUGUUUAAGACCUAAAACAUUAAAUUUAUACAGAAGGCUGAGGCCCUACAGGUCACUUAACAUGCAUCUGGAUUUUAUUUCAGUGUCAGUCUUCUCAGAGAUGAUAGAGACAAGAAUGGUAUUUCCUGACAAUUCAAGCCAGCCUACAAAUUGGGAAUGUUAAAGAACUGAAUAGGAUAAGGAUCACUGUUUCCUAUUUUAACAUUUGUACUGCAAAGUGUGUCUGAUCCUCAUCUUCCCAGCAUGUGUCUGCACAGACAAGUAGAGCACAAAGGUACUUCACAAAAGUGAAAAAAAAAAAAUUUAAAGGUUUCUUAUUGUUGAGGCAUCUUGCUUGACUGUCCAUGUACAUUCCACACUUCCUUUUCCCUUGAAGUUCCUUUGAGAAAUUUCUUUGUAUUUCUACAACGAUGAAUCUUUGUAAUUCUUCACUUCAACUGCUUCUUUGGAUUUCUGAAAGCCUGGCUUCUGUUGGUGUUCUGUCUACCAGUACAUGUGUGGCAGCAGCUGUUCUUGCAGAUUCAUGCUGCUGGUGGCCACCAGCAGUUAUUCCAUACCUAAAAACCCAAGUUGAUAUUAUAUAGGGAGUACCCUGAAAGAAUGCAUUCACAGUGUUUUUGUGAAAGAGAACAUAACAGUACACAAAUUGGAUUUUUUCUAUGGUAAUACUGUAAUAGCACAUUUCUCCUAGGAAAUGCAGAGAGCGAAUAAAUGCAGACAUGCUCUUCUGAGACUGUUUUGGAUGGAAGUUCACCAAGUAAGUCACCCAGUGCAGCUGAAGUAAUAAGAGAUUUUGUGGCAUUGAGCAACACAUGCAUCACAAUAAAAGGGCAAAGAGUUGUUUUGGA